ACCUCUCUUCGUCCUUCAGAUCCGAUCUCCCACUCGUCUCUUUCUCUCUCUAAAACCUGCAACUCUCUAGAGAGAGAAAGUCUCAGCUUGGUCUCUCUCUUCUGCAUUUUGGCCAUGGUGGAGGCUCAGACAUGGACCACUCGCCGUAUGAGCAACCCUCGCCUGGACUCCUCCACCGCCGCCGCGGACCAGGCCGUCGACAUUCCAAUGACGCCACCGAGCGAUGUUCGUAACAGCGCCGCCGGUUUCCCGAUCGGAUCCUACCUAUCGCCGAAUAUAUUGACGAUGGUAAUUAUACUCUCGUGGUACUUAUCCAACAUUGGCGUUCUUCUUCUCAACAAAUACCUUCUAAGCUUCUAUGGCUACCGGUACCCGAUCUUCCUCACAAUGCUUCACAUGCUUGCUUGUGCGGCUUAUAGUUAUGUUGCGAUUAAUUUUCUUGAGAUUGUUCCGUUGCAGCACAUUCUUUCUCGUAAACAGUUUUUUAAAAUCUUUGCUCUUAGCGCCAUUUUCUGUUUCUCCGUUGUGUGUGGGAAUACAUCUCUUCGGUACCUUCCGGUUUCGUUUAACCAAGCCAUUGGUGCUACCACGCCGUUUUUCACUGCGAUUUUUGCUUUUUUGAUUACUUGUAAGAAGGAGUCUGCUGAGGUUUAUCUUGCGCUUUUGCCUGUGGUUUUUGGGAUUGUUUUGGCCAGUAAUAGUGAGCCAUUGUUUCAUUUCUUUGGGUUUUUGGUUUGUGUUGGCUCUACCGCUGGGCGAGCAUUGAAAUCUGUGGUUCAGGGGAUUUUGUUAACCUCGGAGGCUGAGAAACUUCACUCAAUGAAUUUGUUGUUGUACAUGGCUCCAAUGGCUGCUAUGAUUUUGCUUCCUUUUAGUCUUUAUAUUGAAGGGAAUGUAGCUGCCAUUACUGUCGAGAAAGCUCGAGGGAAUUCAUUUAUUGUGUUCUUGUUGCUUGGCAAUGCUACGGUGGCUUAUUUGGUGAAUUUGACCAAUUUCUUGGUGACCAAGCACACCAGUGCCCUCACAUUGCAGGUUCUUGGGAAUGCAAAGGCUGCUGUGGCGGCUGUUGUUUCUGUUUUGAUCUUCAGGAACCCUGUUACAGUGAUGGGUAUGGCAGGAUUUGCUGUGACUAUCAUGGGUGUGGUGCUUUACAGUGAGGCCAAGAAGAGGUCCAAAGUGACAACCCACUGAAGAUAAAAAUAUGAACUGGAUUAACUUUAUAUGCAUGGAUUGAUCUCAGCUCUAUGGAAAUAAGGAUGAAAUAGGAGGAUAAAUUAAAGCCCAGCUCUUGGAGUAGUUACAAAGGAUUAUACAGAGUUGAACUUCCAUAGUUCUGAAGAUCUCAUGCGAGCCAGAUGGCCUACCAAUAUAAUAUACUGUUCUUGGGUUCUCCCGUGAGACUAGUUGAGAUGCGCGUAAGAUGGGCCCGGACACUUACACAUAUCAAAUAUAUAUAAAAUCUACUGUUCUAUGUCAAUAUGUCGGCUUAUUCUUUUGCCUCAUACUUGAAUGACUUUGUUGUUUUGUUGCCACUCUUUCAGAUGCCCAUCUGUGUUCUGGUUGUCUACUUUAUCACAUGCUGUGAUUUUUCACCUUUUGAUUUCUUUCCUUGUUUCAGGGGGUGCAAAUCCUUAAAAGUGUAUUCUUUUUCAACGAAAUUUUGGUGUUUUAUAGCUAAUAGAACUCCUAAGCUAUUAUUUCCUCCAAUGAAAAGCAUUUGUUCUUUAGCCAUUUCAACUGGCAUAGUGAUUAGUGGUGAUCACGAGCACAUUUUACUAUUGUACAUUUACUGUGUUGACCCCUGUGGCUGUUGAUCAAUUUUGGUUCCUAACACAUAGGGUAUGGAAUCUCUGUAAGUAUCACUUCUGACCUUUGAGUUUUUGUUCCUUUAUUGUAUCAAAAUGGUUUGUUUCAUUUGCAA